CAAACUUUAUUGUCGGCUUUAACAUCUUUUACUCUACGAAACCAACAACGAACCCACUAAAAACUAAAAAGGACCCAACUAUUAUGUCCAAUAUUACACUAACUAGUACUUCACUUGUAUUAUAUUACCUCAAGUGCUCUACCCUUCAUUAGUUCAUUCUACCACUAGCUCACCUCACUCAUGGAUGCUCAAUUACAACCCCAACAAAUUCAUCCCACCAAUUGUCACCACCACACCCAAAGCCACCCAAGCCGUAGUAACAGCACUCCUGAAAUCGACUCAUCGUUGUCGUCGCGGUCAUCAUCAAUUUUACCUUCAGUAAUCACCAAUACACUGUCAUCGUCAGAUUCACUACCCAAGUCGACUACCUUUAUUGAUGCCGGUCACUACUCAACGCUCAUCAACAACAACAUCGAUCUCUUGUAUAACGAUUUUAACCACGAUUUCGACUACUCAACUCUACUCUUAGAGUCAGACAACAGUACCAUCCUUCAUAUAGCAGCGAGUCUUGGCCUAACAAAAAUAAACACAAUUAUUCAAAAAAGUCCGCAACUUGUUUACCUUCGAAACAAUAAAGGUGAUCUACCUAUUCAUGUUGCUGCACGGUUGUGCCAGCUUGAGGCUGCUAAGAGUCUACUUUUUUGGGUUCAUACCGACUUGAUUUCUGAUUUGUUGAAGACGAAAAACGAAGAUGGAAAUACUGCUUUACAUAUAGCGUUAGAGAAUCAACAAAAGGAUAUGGCUAAGUUUUUGUUUGCAAAAUGUCCAAAGACGUUCUAUCAGUUGAAUGGACAUGGGUUUUCUCCCCUUUAUUUGGCUAUCGAAGCCGAGUUUUGGGAUCUUGUUAAAUUCAUGCUUUCUGAAGAUUUUGUUACUUCAGAGUCUGAGGACCAAUUAUUAGCAUCUUCGGCAAAAUCAGUUGUUCAUGCUGCUAUUCUAGCAGAAAAGAAAGAUGUCUUCGAAAUGAUGUAUCAAAAUUACAACGAUAUGGUCUUAUACAAGACAGAUGAACAAGGAAAAACACCAUUGUCAUACGCUGCUUAUACAGACUUCCUAGACGGGGUUAAGUGCAUACUCAGUGAUAAGGCGUCUCAAAACCAAGCCUACAAAAUCGACGAAAAUGGCUACUAUCCAAUCCAUUGGGCUUGCAGCGGAGGCAAUGUUGAUAUAGUCAAGCUCUUUAUAUCCUAUUUGCACGAAAACACGAGGUUUAUGCUAACCAAAAAUGGCAGGAACAUCCUUCAUGAGGCUGCCGCAAAUGGGAAAGCCAAGGUUGUCAAAUUUAUCUUAGGACAACCGGAGCUUGGGAUGAUGAUCAACAUGAAAGAUGGAGAAGGCAACACUCCCUUGCAUUUGGCUUCUAAGUGGAAACAUCCUAAGGUGGUUUAUGAGUUUACUUGGGAUAAGAGGGUCAAUUUAUCGGCUCAGAAUAAGGAGGGAUGCACUGCCCUUGAUAUUGCCGAGGCUAUUGGACUAUUCGGAGAUCACAUUCCUUUGUUUGAAGAGCGGUUGACUUGGUUAUCCUUGAGAAAUGCCGGUGUCCCAAGAGCCCCACAACUACACAACGUAAACAUACAAAUAAUAGGGCAAGACACGGCUAGGAAUAACUCUUUUAAUACCCAACACGCUUACAUGUUCCUUGAUCCACAAGGAAAUACAAUAAGAAAUCACCCCUUAAGGAAACGUAAACACAAGUUCAAGGAAAGAAUCAACACACUUCUAUUGGUAGCUACCCUAGUAGCCACCGUAACCUUCGCCUCCGGCUUCACCGUUCCAGGUGGUUAUAACAACAACAAUCCCAAGGUAGGUAUGGCUACCCUAGCCCACAAGUGUGCCUUCCAAGUUUUUGUGAUUUCCAACACCAUCGCGAUGUAUACCUCCAUCCUCACAAUGGUCACCCUCAUUUGGGCUCAGCUAGAUGAACUUAGGCUUGUGUUGCUAUCACUCGACUUUGCGGUACCCUUGCUCGGGACUUCCCUAGCCAUGAUGUCGGUGGCGUUCAUGGCGGGUUUGUAUGUGGUGUUGUAUAGUGUAGUUUUUUGGGUAGGGCUUGUGGUAUUAGUCGUGGGAGGGAUGUUUUUAGGUGCAUUAUUGGUUUUCUUUAUUCCUCUCUAUUCUCCAAGGUCUUGUAUUAGGAAUAAGAUCUUGCGUAAUGUUUUUCAUGUUCCCUUCACACUUAUGUUGUUAGCUUGUGAGAAGGAUAAGAGUGGAAAGCAUUAUUGAUUUUCUCUGUAUAUGUUAAGGGAUGUAAAUUAAAGUAUUGUUAAUUAAUGGUCUCUAGUUAGUACAAACUUACAAUAACUCAUUGGGUUCUUAGUUCUUACAAUAACAAUUGUUGAAAUGAAACUACGGGCCCGAUCUUUAUAUGGGCUCUUAGCCA